AAUAUAGAAGAGGAAAAUCUAGCGGAUAGAACCAUCGUCAUUGCUUUCCCUCCACCAGAACUUGCAGAAGAAGAGGAUGAACUCGCUUCCUCUCCACCCACCGAUUCCAACUCGCUCAUUUUCAACUCACUCCCCAUCUCUCCACCUUACUCGCCACCACCACUCUCUCCUAUCUCCACCUCUCGCAACAACCUCUUCCUUAUCCUACGACCAGAACGACGUCGCUUCGCUUCAAAACCGCCGCUACGACUUCACUCCCUUGCUCCAGUUCAUCUCCAAUCACGACUCCUCCGAGUUCGACUCGUCUUCUUCUGAUUCCCCGACCGAGUUAGAACCUGUGGAACUCGAGCUCGCUGAGUCAUACCGAGCUGUGCCAGCUCCGCUCUGGCACACUCUGUUGAAAUCGCUCUCUUCCGAAACGACGUCGAUUUCGAAGGCGUAUGCGCUGGUGAUGUGGCUGAAAAAGCAUAAUCUUUGUUUUUCGUAUGAGUUGCUUUAUUCGAUUUUGAUUCAUGCUCUAGGGCGUUCUGAGAAGCUUUAUGAAGCGUUUUUGUUGUCGCAGCGGCAGACGUUGACGCCGUUGACUUAUAAUGCUCUAAUUGGUGCGUGUGCGAGAAAUGGUGAUUUGGAAAAAGCCCUGAAUUUGAUGGCAAGGAUGCGAAGGGACGGGUAUCAGCCUGAUUUUGUGAAUUAUAGCUUGGUUAUUCAGUCGCUUACGAGGAGUAAUAAGAUUGAUUCGGCAAUGCUGUUGAAAUUGUAUGAGGAAAUUGAGAGGGAUAUGAUUGAGGUUGAUGGCCAAUUGUUGAAUGAUAUAACUGUUGGUUUUGCGAGGGCCGGGGAUGUGAAUAAGGCUAUGUUGUUUUUGGGGAUGAUUCAGGGGAUUGGGUUGAGUCCCAAGACGGCGACUUUGGUUGAUGUGAUUUCGGUGUUGGGGACUUCGGGGAGGACUGAGGAGGCAGAAGCAGUUUUUGAGGAGUUGAAAGAAGGUGGAUUGAAGCCGAGGACAAGGGCUUAUAAUGCACUUUUGAAAGGGUAUGUGAAGACGGGAGCGUUGAAGGAUGCUGAAUGGAUUGUCUCCGAGAUGGAGAGUAGUGGGGUUUCGCCAGAUGAGCAUACGUAUAGUUUGCUGAUUGAUGCUUAUGGCAAUGCAGGUAGGUGGGAAAGUGCAAGAAUUGUGUUGAAGGAAAUGGAAGCUAAUGAUGUUCAGCCAAAUUCGUUUGUGUUCAGUAGAAUUUUAGCUAGCUAUCGUGAUAGAGGGGAGUGGCAAAGAUCAUUUCAAGUUCUUAAAGAAAUGAAGGAGUGUGGAGUGCAGCCUGAUAGGCAAUUUUAUAAUGUGAUGAUUGAUAGUUUUGGGAAGUAUAAUUGUCUUGAUCAUGCGAUGGCCACACUGGAGCGAAUGAAGGAGGAAGGGAUUGAACCUGAUACUGUCACAUGGAAUACACUUAUAGAUUGCCAUUGCAAGUCCGGGCAUCACAACAAGGCUGAGGAACUUUUUGAUGAAAUGCAAGAAAUUGGAUGUUUGCCUUGCACCACAACAUAUAACAUAAUGAUUAAUUCAUUCGGGGAGCAGGAGAGAUGGGAUGGAGUGAAAAACUUGCUGGGGAAGAUGCAGAGUCAGGGUCUACUGCCUAACGUUAUUACGUAUACCACACUAGUUGAUAUAUAUGGGAAGUCUGGGAGAUUUAAUGAUGCAAUUGAGUGCUUGGAGGUCAUGAAAUCUGCAGGCUUGAAACCAUCCCCGACCAUGUAUAAUGCAUUGAUUAACGCCUACGCACAAAGGGGUUUAUCGGAGCAAGCAGUAAAUGCAUUUAGGGUCAUGAGAGCAGAUGGUCUAAAGCCCAGUAAUCUAGCUCUCAAUUCAUUGAUCAAUGCUUUUGGCGAGGAUAGACGGGACACUGAAGCAUUUUCUGUCUUGCAAUACAUGAAGGAAAAUGGCCUGAAGCCUGAUGUUGUCACCUACACUACACUAAUGAAAGCUCUGAUUCGUGUGGAAAAAUUUAAUGAGGUUCCAGCUGUAUACGAAGAAAUGAUUUUGUCCGGGUGCCACCCAGACAGGAAAGCUAGAGCAAUGUUACGGUCUGCUCUUAGAUACAUGAAGCAGACACUGAGAUCAUAGAUGGCGGCAUGAGUUACACGGAACAGAUUUUCAUGUAAUUGGCAGAGCCAGCCUGCAGAUUUAGUUAUUGUGCAUCAUCAGGAGAUGAGGGUUGUGGUAAGGUCAGUCUAAUGUUAUUCCAGCAUCAAAUAUGAGAAGUAGCUUGACUGCCAGUGGUUGCUCACGAACACAAGUUCAAGAUGUUAGGUUAAUGUUGCUAUAAACUGGUUAGACUGCACUUCAAUCUUCUAAUGCCACCAAAAAAAAAAAAUCUACGGCCAUCUUCUUGAUCAGCACCAUAUCCUACCGCAAUUAGUCCUCUUUCCAAGUCAGAUGUAUUAGUUUGAUUUGUGGUUUGUGCUAGGUAUCAUCCUGUCAUUGGAAUAUAGAUGCAACUCAAGUUCCAGGAUGAAGUGCGCAGAGACGGAGAAUGUCCAUAGCCAAAGUAUUGACACAGUUUUUUUAGUAGGGGCAGUGAAUAUUUAAGAAGUGCACAUAUGAUACUGGACUUACUACUGUAAACAAGCAAAAACCGACCAGUGAACCUUCACAUGGUUGUUCAAUUGUAAGUGGGAGGUUGUUAAUAAGUGUUAUAUUAGAAGAAACCUUCAAUUA